AUGACAACUGCUGUCAAACCUACUCGGAAGGGCAGUGUGCUUGGGGUCAAGGCCAUUGCAGAGGAGAAUCGCAAAGCAGAGGAGAGGCAGGCAAUGAGGGUGGCAGGAUUUGGCCCUGAGUCUCACAAAGCACUGGCAGAAAUUAGAGGAGACAUCGCACCUGAGGUAGACUCUGCUGCUGCCUUAGAUGAUGCAGUGAUGGAGAUCCAGGAGAUGAGAAGGGAGGACGACCAUGAGUGGAAGGAUACAGCUCAGGAGGAUGACUCAUUCAUCCAUGCUGUGUGA